ACUAGCCUAUCGCCGGUGUAGGUCGUAAUGUCGUUCCCACUAAAUGCAACAAAGCCCAGGCUAGGGCCAGUGUGCCCGAUCAAACCUUUCGACAGCUACCGACGAUAUGCAUAGAGUUUUGCGACAUAUGCAACAGCGAAACCUCAGCUCAGUCUGGUGGCCCCGGGUGGAGAAAAUUCAUUUUCUUGUCCUUCUUGAAACGCCACUUCGUGGUCCGCUGUGCCUGCUGCUCCUCACUGCGCUCGGAUGUAAGGAUAUAGGCCAUACGUGUUGUACACCGUUCUAGCCAAGAUUAGCUCUAUUCAAACCUGAAGAAUCCCUGGGGGGAAAUGAUGGCGUGCAGUGCCUUUCCAGCGAUGGCGAGGGCAAGCCUUGUGUCGUUGCUGUUGAUGUUUGCGAGCUGCUCGCGGAACGUGCUAGCGGCUGAUAUAGGUGUCCAGCAGGAGCCGAAAUCACCUGCACAGAAGACAGUGUAUGAGCCCACGUGGGAGAGCUUAGACAGCAGGCCACUGCCUGCUUGGUACGACCAGGCCAAGUUUGGUAUCUUCAUCCACUGGGGUAUCUUCAGUGUACCAAGCUGGAGUCACGAAGCGGCCGAGUGGUAUGUCCAGUACCUUCUCACUGGUGAUGAUGGCAACGCAACCAGGAACUUCCACGCCGCCAACUAUGGUCCAGAUUUCAAGUACUCUGACUUUGGUCCAAUGUUCAAGGCUGAGCUCUGGGAUCCAGCUCAGUGGGCGCAGCUGUUCAGCGAUGCGGGCGCCAAGUUUGUUCUUCUCACGUCCAAGCAUUGCGAUGGCUGGGCCAAUUGGAAAUCACCUGCCAAAUGGAACUACAACAGCGUGGAGAACGGCCCGCACCGCGACAUUGUGGGAGAGCUGACGAAUGCCACGCGUGCCCAGGGACUCAGAAUGGGAUUGUAUUACUGCAAUAUCGAGUGGGGAAACCCUUUGCUGCCCUGGGACUACAGACACGGUCCCGAGCCGUACACUGGACAAGAGGAGUAUGUUGAGCAGGUGUUCCUCACAGAGCUCAAGGACAUCACCAUGAAGUACAAGCCAGACAUCAUCAAUGGUGACUACUGCGUACUCCUCAACAGCACUCAGCUCAGAUCCAGGGAAUUCCUGGCAUGGCUCUACAAUGAGUCACCUGUCAAGGACGAGGUGAUCGUGGACGAUCGAUGGGGGACUGAUGCACGCUGCCAUCAUGGAGGCUACUGGACGUGUCAAGAUCGCUUUCAGCCCAGCACUCUGCAGCCACACAAGUGGACCGACGAGAUGACAAUGGGCACUUCCUGGGGGUUUGAUCGCAUCGAGACCGUGCAGAGUUACAAGACUGCCAAGGAAAUGGUGGCAAUCCUCGUCAACAACGUGGCAUUCGGAGGUAACCUGAUUUUGAAUGUUGGUCCCACUCAUGACGGACGCAUCAUACCCCUCAUGGCCGAGCGUCUCCUGCAGAUCGGUUCCUGGCUGAAAAUCAACGGGGACGCUAUCUACGGCACACAGCCAUGGAAGGUCAAGCAGGCCGAGAAUGGCACCACGACGGGACCCCCGAACGUCCUGGUCUACUACACAACCAAGGUAACGACAAUAGCUGAUGCACCGGGCAUUCAGGGUGAUGCGGAUGCAAACGCUGUGACACUGUAUGCCACUCUAAUGACAUGGCCGACGUCCAGCAAUAUCACACUGCCCAGUCCUCCAUGCUCUGCCGGCACCACCACCGCCGCGCUGCUCACCGCCAAAGGGCCGAUGAAGCUCGAGUCGGCGUGUCGCGAGGGCACGGCCGGGAUCACCGUGACGAUGCCCCCGGCAACCCUGGCACUGGACGAAGCCAGCCUGGUACCGUACGCAUACACUCUGCAGCUGCAGGGCUCUUUGAUUUUGAACCACUGAGCCAGAUUUGAACCACCGGCAUCUGUAGCAGAUGUCGCGGCGGUCAUGAAAUGUGACCUCGUGAAUAAAGCAGCACCACGCCAUUUUUGUGCACAGAAUAGACUAGUGUGUGUGGGUGCUAAGGCCUUUUCGACCCCCCCCCCCACCCCAGCGCUAUUUUAUUCAUGAGGUCGUAAAUCUCUAGCCAGGGCAGUACUUCACUACCAUGUAUAUGCAUUUCAGCUAAAAUAGUACUGUCUCAGUGUGCUACCUGCUGUUGACACAUGGUGUCACCUCCCUUCCAUGUUCUUCUUUUGUUAAUGCUAUUCACCCUCCCUUUCUUGUAUUGGCUAUGUAUUAUUAUGUGCCAUGAAGUGGAGACGAUAAAUAAAAAAUAUAUAAAAUAAUCACGGUCCACUGACUACAAUUUGUAG